AUGUCGCGCCGUGCGCCCAAGGGCGAGUACAUUGAGACGGACACCGGCAACAAGGUGGCCCGCAGGGCUGUCCUCGUCGGAACUCAAAACAUCAUGCUCGGCGGCAAGACCGUCAUCCAGCCCGAAGUCAUGAUCCGCGGCGACCUCUCCCGAACAGCCCCCUCGUCCUCCUCGUCCUCUUCGUCCGGCGCCCCGGCCAGCAACACCGCCGUCGCCAUCGGCCGCUACUGCUUCCUCGCCCGGGGCGCCCUGCUGCGUCCCCCCGGCCGCAUGUACAAGGGCAGCUUCACCUACAUGCCGCUGCGCAUGGGAGACCACGUCUUUGUCGGCCAGGGCACCGUCGUCCAGGCCGCCACCGUCGGGAACCACGUACAGAUCGGCAAGGCCUGCACCAUUGGCGAGUUUGCCAUUGUCAAGGACUAUGUCAAGAUCCUCGACGGCACCGUGGUCCCUCCGAAUAUGGUCAUCCCUAGUUUUUCGGUUGUUGCUGGACAGCCUGCGAGGGUUGUUGGAGAGAUUCCCGAGGGAGGACACGACGAGUUUGAGCUUCGGGACCUGUACAAGACUGUGGGCAACAAUCCGCAGCCCCCUGCCUCGUGA